ACAUUUGACAUUCAAUGAAUCAAAGCCCUAACAUCUAGACAGGUGGUCAUUCAGAUCAGAAUCCCUCUCAGAUCAAGAACAGAAGCAGAAGAAGAGACUCCCAUAGCCAUGGCGAGCGAAGAAGAUACGAUGGAGAAUUGUUUGGUUCUCCUCUGCAUCGAAGCUGCGUCGCAGAGCAGAGACGCCGUCGAGACGUGGCGGAGACAGCGGCGCACUCUCGAACGCAUGCCCUCUCAGCUCGCCGACGCUCUCCUCCACCGCCUCCUCCGCCGCCGCCUCCUUCAUCCUUCUCUCCUUGAAGUUUUCAAAUACAAUGUAGAGGAUAUUGAUCUGAGAGGCCAGAGAUCUGUAGAUGCGGAAUGGAUGGCGUACUUAGGUGCAUUUCGGUACCUGCGUUCAUUAAAUGUUGCAGAUUGCCAUAGAAUCAAUAGUUCUGCCCUUUGGGCUCUUGCAGGUAUGACUAGUUUAAAAGAGUUGGAUAUUUCUAGAUGCUCUAAGGUUACUGAUGCAGGCAUUAAGCAUCUUUUAACAAUUCCAACUUUAGAGAAAUUACACAUUUCAGAAACGGGUGUUACAGCUGUAGGGAUAACACAUCUGUCUUCACUUACGAAUUUAUCUGUAUUGAACUUGGGAGGUUUACCUGUCACUGAUCUGGCACUAAGUUCUCUCCUGGUUCUGAGAAAGCUGCAACACCUUGACCUUUGGGGGAGUGAAAUAACUAACAAAGGGGCCGCUGUUCUUAAAAUGUACCCUAAAUUGAGCUUCCUGAAUCUAGGUUGGACCAAGGUUACAAAGCUGCCAAAUUUAUCCUCUCUUACAUGCUUGAACAUGAGUAAUUGCACCAUUGAUUCUCUAUUUGAGGAGUGCAGUGAUAAAGCUCCUUUAGUGAUGCUUAAUCUCUCUGGAGCAACAUUCAUAGAUGUUUCUGAAGCCUUUUUAUAUGUUGAAACCGGUUCCCUAUCCUUCUUGGAUGUGUCCCACUCUUCGCUUCAAGGAUUCCACUUUUUGCCUUGCAUGAAUGCCCUGGACCAUUUGGACCUCAGUUCUACUUUGAUGGAAGAUGAUUCAGUUGAAUUAAUUACCUGCAUGGGAGCGAAGUUGAGAAAUUUAAAUCUCAGCAAGACAAGAGUGAGCUCUGCUGGAGUGGAAAUUUUAGCUGGACGUGUUCCCAAUCUUGAAAUUAUUUCGUUAUCUUGCACAUCAGUUGAUGAUUAUGCCAUCUCAUGUAUCAGCAAGAUGCCUUCACUAAAAGUUAUCAACCUUAGCAAUACAAAUGUUAAAGGUUUGAUUCAACAGGUAGGCACCGAGACGGAUUGGAUCCCCUCACUUGCAGCACUGCAAAAUCUCAAAUGGUUGGAAAAGUUGGAUUUGGAGGAUACAAAAAUCAGUGAUGCAGCUGUACCACCUCUAUCAAGCUUCCAAGAGUUGAGCCAUCUCUCUCUCAAAAGUGGUUUCCUCACAGACGCAUCUUUGGACCACUUAUCAUCUAUCCCUAAGCUGACAAAUCUCAGCAUUCAAGAUGUUGUCUUGACCAAUGCCGGGAUUGAUUCAUUCAAUCCGCCAAAGACGCUAAAAAUACUGGAUCUGAGGGGUUGUUGGCUCCUAACUGAGAAUGUUAUUAUGCUAUUUUGCAAACAACAUCCUCAGAUUGAAGUGAGGCAUGAACUUAUGCAUCAUAUCCUUCAAAGUGACCAAGAAGGCUCUAGCUACUCAUCUCCAUCACGAGUAACUCCGACUACCUCGCAAUUGAAGAAACAAGGAAAAAUGCCCACAUCAUCAUUUACUCGCCAUAAUAAUAUUUUCUUAGAUCAAAGGUUGAAGUAUAGCAGAGAAGAGCUUCUUUCGAUGCAGUUUUCAGCGUCAUCACUUGCUCCUUCCCAUGAUAGAGGUAGUGUGAUACCUUAGUUAUAUGGUUGAAUUUUUCCUAUAAUUGAAAGAUAAGUUAUUUAAUUGUUUACAAUGGUGGCUCCAAUUAAAAUAAUUCUUGAAUAAUGUAUAUCCAUAUGCGGAUCACCCCCACCCACUUCUUGUUUGUAUAAUGUAUAUCCAUAUACAUGAUUGUUGUAGAUUCUGAUUUUACUCGUGAUCAUAACUUAUUCCAAAUUUACAUUUUUAGAAGCAGA